AUGGAGACGACCAAUGGGCUGACAGAUCACUUCGGUGGAGUGGGCAUCCACGACUCCCAGCAGAGGCAGCGGCGCGAUGGCAGCAAGCGCUUUCGCUUCGUGCGACUCAGCAAUGUCAAUGCUGGAGACCUGUCGUCCCUGACGCGCGAGGGCGCCUGGGACCCAUCCGCGCAGGUGCCUCACGAGGAUCCUGUGGACGAGGAUGGGUACGUGAUGGAUGUGUACGCCGCACUCCCCGCCGCCGCCGAGGACGAGCAGGAAGAGACUGACGCGGCCUGGGAGGCCCACCUCGCCGGGCGGGCCCCCGUCGUCCAGGCGAGUCGGAUCAUGGACGAUGGCACGUGGCUGGUCCACCAGUCCUCGGAUCGCGACGACACCAGCCAGGACAGCCAGGACAGCAACGCCGAGGGCCACUUUGCGCACGACUACCCAGACGAGUAUUCGGCGAGCACAGACUCUGGCGACUACGACCCCGACCUGGGGUACUUUCCUCCCACGCGGCACCGCCGACGACACAUGGGAAGCAGCAGCGGCAGCAGCAGCGACGAGGAUGCAUGCAGGACAGGACUGCGCUCCAAAGACGAUGGCCGUCGCCACUUCUAUUGA